AUGACGAUGGUCGUUCCCUCUGGUGGUCUGCAAAUGCAUCUCAAGCCUUCAGGAAGUCGACUCAUUAUCGGCCCUGCUUUCAAUCACGUUCGAUGCCUCCAAGUGGAGCUACAGUCCGUGGAUCUCGCCCCACCACCAGGAUGGUUCUUGAAGAUGGAAGCACCGAAUCUUGAAGCCCUCAUGUUGUCCACUGCGAGCUGGAAGUAUGCACUGAAGGAGGAACAGGAUCUGAUCAACUACCCCUCCUUCGAGGAUGUCCCUGCAGCCCGUCCGAUCAAGCUCCUUGACACAGACAGUCCGAGCCCUCUGCAAGCCCUGGCGCUACAACCCCUUCCUCUGCGAGGUGCAAUUCGCGCUCCACGGCCAACGUCCGGGUUCUGGCUAAACAGCCAGAUGCAAGAGGCGCACUUCGCGCACCAGUGGGUCCACGACCAGCUCAUCAACUUCCCCCGCCACAUCCCGCUCGCCACCAUCACGUCCUUCACCCUCGACUGCCCGUUCGUCAACGCCGGCGCGCUCGCCUGCGCGCUCGAGCUCAUGACCGCGCUCGAGACGCUCCGCGUCCUCCUCUCCGCGCCGCCCAAGGACUGCAGGGAGCGCGAUUCCCGCACGUAUCUGCCGCCCAGCAUCUGCUUCCAGCACCCCCCGGACCUCGGCUUCCACUGGCUCGCCAUCUCGCUCAACCCGAGUCUCGACCCGGGAAGGGCGAGCCCGAAGGGAAUCGCGUCGAACAUGGUCGAGGAGAACUCGGGGCUCUUGUGCCUCGCCGUCGGGCGCUACGAGGGGUACGUCAAGCAGUUCCUCGAGGCGCGCGCCGACACGGGCACCCCGAUCCGGGCGCUCACGCUCCAGCCGUUCGCGUCGCUGCAAGUGCACACGGUACCGGAGGAAGACUUCGAGUACGAGGCGAAGGAGUGGUAUCACGAGUCUGGCGCGAACGUGGAGCUGGUCGAGGACACGGAGAGGAAAUGGCGCGAGACGUUCGAGCCCCUCGUGGAGCGAUUCGAGUGGGUCCCGCCGGGCAAGUACAUCUUUGGCGACUUCGCGAAGCGGGACUACUGGGAUGUGGAGGGCCAAGAGAAGUACUGGAGCUGGGGUACAAUAGUCGGCCACAUUUCAGGAAUCCGGAAGAUCCUGCUUGCGAUGGAGACGACAGUGAUUCGGAAACGCACGAAGGUCCUUGUGACCCCGAUGACGCCGACGACGAUGAAGACGAAGGCGAGGGGAGCAGAUCAUCGCCUAUGUCCUACGACUAGUAGAAUGUAUCUCGCGUGCCUCUAA